CGAUGAAGUAUUUUGGUAGUUGGAGGGGUUGCGUGGGAUCAACAACCCUGUUGGUGCAUGGACGCUUAGUUCAGCCGCAGCCUCAUCUUGGAUUGUGACCACGCACGAAAAACCCCACACUUCAACACUCAGUAGUAAACGACAGAAUGACUCUUAUUGACUCCUGUGUUCUGUCGCUGUUCUUGUAAGCCAUUAGAGGUUGGCAGCGGCAUCUAGCAGCCGUGCCAGCACCAUGAGUGGUGUCGAGGUCGCCGGCAUAAUCCUUGCUGUUCUACCCCUCUUCAUCUCCGCUCUCGAGAACUACGAGAAUGGACUGGACCCCGUGCGGGCAUUUUUUGAGUUCGACUCAGAAUGGCCAAAUCAGAUCCGGAAGCUCCGGGACCAGCAUAUCAAUUAUAACCUCACGAUGAAGGGUCUGCUCUUGUCCGUCGCUGAUGGCGAGGAUGUGGAUGAGAUGAUAUCUGAUCCGGGCGGUGCCUGCUGGAAAAACAUCGGCAUGCAGAUAAGGCUCGAGGAGAGACUGGAUGAAGCGUACCAGGCAUAUCUUGAUGCGAUCAAGCAUAUAGAGGAAAUCAUGAAGACUAUUGCGAAAGACCUCAAAAUCGACCAUGGUGAUAGGACGACACGUGCGGACCUUCAAUCGCUAUUGAUGAAGGCACCGCGAAAAGACAAACAUUUUGAAUUUGCGCGGCGUGUAAAGUUCGGCAUGAAGCUCAAGAAAUUUAAGAGGUUGCUUGACGAUUUGGAAAGCGAGAUUCGGAAGCUAGACCAAUUCAACGACAAGACGGAACGGUUCGAGCCGUACCGGUCUGCUAAGCCAACGUCUAUAUUCAACCCGCCGCUCAAUGAUAUUCGACAAUAUGCAAAAAACCUGUAUGGAGUUUUGUGCGUCGGCGCUGGCUGCUCUCAAUCUAAGCAUCAGGCAAAGCUGCAGUUGGAGAAGAGAUUGUACCCAAAACGUACGAAAGGUUCUUGGAAGCAAUCAAAGGAGAUCAACCAGAACACUCGGCCGUGCUUCAGGGUUUCUAUGUAUGCUUCUCGUUGGCAAGACGUCGAAGUUCAGAUACUCGAAGCGGAAUCUUCUGCUGACGAACAACGCUCAAAUCAGCCCAAGCAUGCCUCGCAACCACAAGGUGGUGGUUUACCCAGACCCAACUCUUCCACUGGGCCUGUGGCAUUGUCGGCGGUGACAGGCAACAAAGGAUUACAGUCAAUUGAGGAGACCCAUAUCCUAGUCGAAAAGCAAUCCACCAUACAUGGUAUAUCUACGAAGAUGUUGAUUUCUAGCAAAAAAGGAGUCGGGUAUUCCAUGAGCAUGUCGGCUUCUGUUGGCCCUCUCCUUAACCAAAGUGCUAGCAAGGUCCAAAGCAGUAUCAUGAAUGGCAAGUCGGUCAAGCCAGGCUCGAAGGCUGUCGGAUGGGCCAUGUCCGAAGCCCCGAAAAUAACUCUCCAUGAAUUACCAAUCCGCAACUCGAAACCGAACAGCCUGUUGGAGGUAAUCGACAUAUGCUCGGCUAUACGGAGAUGUAAAACGAGAAAGAUCUGUCUUGGGCUCUGUCUUGACCAUGGCGGGACACUCCGCAGGGCACUUUCAAUCCCACUACCGGAGAAACAAAGUGAAGAAAAGCCAGCCGAGGAGGUUCCCGAAAAUGAAGCAACCAGCCUGAACAAGCUUCUGAUGCCUGAUCCGGAUCAUUAUGGACAUACUUUGUCUCGAAAAGACCGAAUGUCUCUAGCACUGAUACUAGCAUCAUCGUUUGUACAGCUAGAAGCCACACAGUGGAUCCAAGAGUCAUGGGGGAAAGAAGACAUCGUCUUUGACCGGGCUCCAGAUGCACCCAAAGACGGCUCCGUCGACCUCAGCAAGCCCUACAUCCUACAUUCCAUCGAAAAACGCACAGCAGACAACAAAACCCGACCUAUUGAGAAGUCGCGAAAUUACAGCCUCUUAAGUCUUGGCAUCCUCUUGCUUGAGUUAUCAACCGGACAGUCUUUCGAGCAGCACUUGUCACGUAUAAAGGGCAAAAGCGCUGCCAGCCUAGACCCCCCUGAAGAAUCCAUUGAGAGGCUCAUGAAACUCUUAGAAGUCAAGAAAUGGCUCCUAGCCGUUCAGGAUGAUUUAUCCAGCGGAUUCCAUGGGGCAAUCUGGCACUGUGUCAAAAGCUACUUCGACGAAGAAUCUGGCAAGACUGAGGACGUCUACCGCCAAGGCGUGUUGGAUCAAGUUGUCUUGCCGUUGCAGGAAGAUCUACAGAGCUUCUUAGGCGCCAGAACUUAGUCACACCCAAGGGGAGUGGUCGAACGGUGGUUCAACUCCACCAUCGGGGCUCCCGGUGGCAGCGUCUCUUUCCUACCUACCUAAGGAAACCAAAGACAACUACAACGCCUCUAGUAACAGUCAAUAAAUAUCUUGCAAAUAAAUUUAGGUAUAGCUACGCUGGGUAUAAAUAUUUGACAAAAUGCCUGGACAAUUGCUCGGCAGAAUACAUAUGGAUGAAACGAAAAUAUCCAAACAUGAAUACGCCAAAUGCGCCAACAGACAAACCCCCAAGAAACCACAUAUAUCACCAAAUCAUCAACAUCCUCACCUACCAGGAUGACUCUCAAAAUCUUCCUCGCUAUCAUAGGCCAGAUGGAGGGCCUCUUCAGCGUCAUCAUCCUCCGCGCCUUCUAUGCCGUCAGCUGCUUUAAUCAACACACCUAUCUUUUGCCCGUCUUUCCGCCCUCUAUCCACGUCAAUCCACACGAAUAUAAACCCUGGUGUGACGAUUAAACAGAGCAGAAACCAAAACGACGGUCUAAUACCGCCCGUUCGAUCGACGAUCAUUCCAACUAUCGCGGGUCCAAACACGCUGCUUCCCUUGUCUGUGAUCGCAUACAGAGCGUAAAACGCAGCUUCGUAUCCAGGAGGGAUCAGUUCGCCAUAGAGACUUCGGCAAUAUGACGACAGUCCGCCGAGGACAAAGCCAUAGAGGAGCCCGAGAGGGUACAUCUCCCAUGGCCUUGUGAGCGUGGAGAAGAUUGGGAUAUAGUUGAGGAGGCCGUACAGCGGGAUGAGAGAAAAUAGGAAUAUGCAGGCGAGAAUCGUAUGCAAUGGAGUCAGUUUAAGGUAGCGGGAGAUGUGCGGCCAUGUGAAUGCUCCUAUGAGACCCGCAAUGGUGACGAGCACGGAGAUCCCUGCCAACGCGAGAGGGGGCAUGCCGAGCGAGGUUUUAGCGAAGAGAAUUGAGACGCCAGAUACGGUGGCGAUGGCGUCAGAUAGGAGGAACCACGAUGCGAGGAAGAGGAGGACAUCUGGUAGAGCGGGGGUAAGGCGGAUAGUUCUAUAUAGCGACGCCCAUGAGUGCUUGAUAUAGGUUAACCCUGAGGUAGCCAUGUUCGUAGGCAGAGGUGGUCCUGGGCGAGGCCGGAGCCAGAGGGCGGCUGGUAUCGUGAAUACGAACCACCAAAGCCCGAUAAUGAAGAGGACGAGUCGGAGAGAAAAUGUGGAUGACCCCAGACCGAAAAGGAUCAAGACUGAUAAUAUUUGGACAAAAAGGGCGGCAGAAUAGCUGAUCCCGAUACCUAGACUGGAUAUCUGAGUUGAGAGCUUAAGAGCGGUGGAGGUAGCUGGCACGGCCAGAGGGGUCGGAUUUAGGAGGGCGCUUGUCGAAUUUGUAAGACUGAGCGGUGGUUCGUCUUCAG